AUGCUCUACUCUUCCCUCAUUCUCCCGCUUUCUCUUGUAGGCAUUGCCCUCGCUGAUCCUAUCACCAUCCCGCUUUCUCGCAGGUCGAAUAUCCGUCAGGACGGGUCUCUUCGACAUUUCACCGCUGCUGCGGACCAUGUCCGGGCAAAGUACGGCUAUACAACUCUCGCAUCGAAGCUCAGGAGGCGCGGGCAGACAGUUGGGAUUGCCACGAUUAAUCAGAAUUAUGAUUCGUCGUACCUCGGCACAGUCUCCGUGGGCACACCAGCACAGAGCUUCCCCGUAGUCCUCGACACCGGCUCUUCCGACCUGUGGCUCGCCUCGACGUCGUGCUCAGGUUGCCCCCAGGACACGCCGGAGUUCGACCCUUCUUCCUCGUCAACCCUGAAGCAGAACACCACAACUAACGCUGGCUCGGGCAUCGAGAUCCAGUAUGGUAGCGGCGCAGUGAAGGGGACGCUCGCCUCGGACAAGGUCUCGAUGGCAGGCCUGACCAUCGACCCGCAGACGUUCCUUGUCGUCGACGAGGUCUCGUCCCAGCUGCUCGACGGAAAUGUCACCGGCAUUCUUGGACUCGCCUUCCAGAAUCUUGCGUCGACCGGUGCGGUGCCAUUCUGGCAGGCGCUCAUUUCCGACGGACAGCUCUCGAGCCCGGAGAUGUCCUUCUUCCUCACGCGCUUCGUGGACGACGAGAACGCGCUCACGGAGGAGCCGGGAGGUAUAUUCACGCUUGGCGGGACAAACAGCUCGCUCUUCACAGGCGACAUUGAGUACCAGAACCUCGUGAAUAGUGGUGCACCCACGUUCUGGAUGCUCAGCGUCUCUGGCGUGACGGUACAGGGUAACAGCGUCAGCAUUCCAACGGGCGACUCGGCCCAGGCGGCCAUCGACACGGGCACAACGCUCAUCGGCGCGCCUCAAGAUGCGGCAAAAGCGAUUUGGGCGGCGGUCCCCGGCAGCCAGGCACUUACUGGAGAGUACGAUGGCUUCUAUGCGUUCCCGUGUUCGACGACGGUUAACGUGUCCAUGGCGUUCGGCGGUUCCUCGUGGCCCAUCAGUCCGGACGACAUGAAUCUAGGUGUGAUCGAGAAUAACAUGUGCAUGGGCGGUAUCUUUGUGCUUGACCUUGGGUCUUCCGUGUCGAGUGGGAACGGCAACCCGAGCUGGGUCGUCGGCGAUACGUUCUUGAAAAACGUGUACAGCGUUUUCCGCGCUAGCCCCGCGUCGGUGGGCUUUGCCCAGCUAUCCAACAACGCAGGCACGCCCUCAGGUACGAUCGGCUCUGCAACUGUGACUGGCACCGGUGUCCCUCUACCCUCGGCUAGCGGUUCCAGUGCGUUUCCUCUCCAAACUUCAUCUCCCUUCGCGAGACUGACCGGUGCAUUGACAGGCACGAACACGGCGACGAGCAGUUCCUCCCAUGCCGACGCUGUGCGACUGGCGAACCCGCUCACUGUCUCUGCGGGUCUGUUUGUCUCGUUCGCAGCGAGCGUGUUUUCGGGCUACUUCGUCCUUGCAUAA